CAAAACCCUUCCGUCCAGAGAGGCUCUCAACCCGGAAGUUCUUGAGGCAGCCGCGACGGCUCCGCACUGAGGGAUUACUUCCGGGGCGGCGGGAAGCUUGCUCCUGAAAGGCUGUGGCGGCGUACGUGAGGUAAUGAUCUAGUCAUGUCCGAUAAAGAUGAUAUUGAGACACCAGUGAAAACUGAAGUUGCUCCAGUCCUUGAAGGAGGAGACUAUGAGCCAGCUGAGAAAUCAGAGUCUGUCAAUCCGAGUGCCAAGCUACAGAGCAAAUCAGAACCUGUAGUUUCCACCCGGAAAAGACCAGAGUCCAAACCUCCCAGUGGCAUUGAGACUUCAGAAGUUCUUCCUCCUGUUCAGUUAUCACAAACUCCAGGCAAUGAAUCUGCUUCCAAAGAUGUGCCCCAGUCUGGAUGGGGCUAUUGGGGCAGCUGGGGCAAGUCCUUACUUUCCUCAGCAUCUGCCACGGUAGCAACAGUAGGGCAAGGUAUUUCAAAUGUCAUUGAGAAGGCAGAGACUUCUCUGGGAAUCCCUAGCCCCAGUGAAAUUUCAACUGAAGUGCAGUAUGCAGCAGGAGAGAUAAAUGCUAAAGAGAAUGAAAACUCCCCAAUGGCUGGGCCUUUUGGUGUGUUCUCAACCAUCUCUACUGCUAUUCAGAGCACUGGAAAGAGUGUUAUUAGUGGGAGCUUGGAUGCAUUAGAAUUCAUUGGUAAGAAGACAAUGGAUGUAAUAGCAGAAGGAGAUCCUGGAUUUAAAAGAACCAAGGGUCUGAUGUACCGGAAUUCUACAUUGUCUCAGGUAUUACGAGAAGCAAAGGAGAAAGAAGAGCUGCAGUCUGCCAGUGAGGUUGCCAUGGAAACAGACAAGAAAACUCAUUAUUAUGGACUACUCUUUGAUGAAUUUCAAGGUCUUUCACAUCUAGAAGCUCUGGAGAUGCUUUCUCGAGAAAGUGAAAUAAAGGUAAAAUCUAUUCUGAAUUCCUUAAGUGGAGAAGAAUUAGAGACUCUUAAACUUGAGUUGGAACAGCUUAAAGAAGCAUUUUCCUUAGCAGAGUUCUGUGAGGAAGAGGAAGAAGAAAAUAAAGGAGAUGAAGACUUUACCAAAGAGUUAACAGAACUGGUUUCCCAACUACAUGUCUCCUCCAAAUCAGAGAAACUCGCCAGUGCAAGAAAUACAGCCUAUGAGUGGAUCAAGACAUUUCAGGUUACUCCAUUAGAAGAGAAGGAAGAAUGUGAAAAACAGUUGGAAGAAGAAAGAAAUGAACCAGUCAAUAAAGUUUCAAUAGAGGAUAUCCAUGCAUUUGCAAUCCGAAGCCUAGCACAGAUGACUGCCUGCUCCAUUGAACUGUUUCAUAAAGCAGCAGCUCUAAUUCUACAUGGUGGGAAGCAGCAAGUGACAGCCAUAGAAAGGAGCACAACACUUUCCCAGAUGACAAUUGUAUUGUGUAAAGAAUUAUCUGCUCUGUCUAAAGAGUUUACGACCUGCCUAACAACUGCUGGGGUUAACGAAAAAGCAGAUGUCCUAAAUCCAUUAAUCACUGCAGUAUUUCUAGAGGCCUCAAAUAGUGCUUCCUAUAUUCAGGAUGCUUUUCAGCUACUUUUACCUGUCCUGGAGAUCUCUCUCAUUGAAAACAAGACAGAAUCACCAGAGGCAUGAAUUGCAGGUCCAGAGGCCUUUGUCACAGCAUUGAAGAACUGAGGUUUGACCUGAGAAUUAUGGUGGCUGGGAAGUGCCAUCUCUUCUGGGUAUCCUGCAGAAGUGAGGGAGAAAAGUUAAUUUAGUCUAUAAAAUUCAAGUAGGAAAGCAAGUGUGAAGGGAAAUUGAUCGUCUCCACUGCUUACUGAAAUACUCAGGUCCUUAUACUGCUUUUCCAGGUUGUUUCAGUUAACAGAUUAUUUGGAAAGAAACAUAUAAAGUUUAAGGAUAAUAAAUAGCUCCAGCUAAAGGGUAGUGGGACACUGAGACAAGAAUAUUGGCCUUUCUUUGACGUGACUCAAAACACUUAACUUUGUCACAGAAAUGGCUUUGCAGUCCAUGCAUAUAUAAAUGGUUGUUAAGCAAGGGGAAAAUAACUAUUUAGUAGUCUAAAAUUCACUUGCUUAGUUUAUUAAUGUGAUUUCUUUCUCCUUUGUAUACAAAAUCUCUGGUUUUAAGAAAACUCCCAUGAUUAUCCUUUAGUGUAUGAACUCUUGGAAUUAAUUAGAAAAUUUCACCUGCUAUUUCAUUCUAAAAAGACAUUUAAAACGGGGGAGAAAUGUAUAGUAUGUCCUUGUAACCAGGUGAAUGAAUUAACUAUAGCAAAGUGCCUUUAAGCUUCAAAUUGUUUCUCCACCAAAAGCAAACACACUUCAAAUUUCAUUUGACUCCUACUUGCUCAGCUAGACUCAAAACCAAUAAGUGCAAUUUAGAGAACAGUUUCAUUUUUGUAGAUUCUCUGAGUCUCUUCGGUAUACUUUUCAUGUAUACCCUAAAUGCAGGAUACAUUCUGUAAUGAUCAACUCUAAAGGAGUGUUGACUCUCUUUUAGUAAUGGAGUUUUAUUGUCUGAAUGUUGUUGAGUCCCACAGAAAUGAUACUUUCUAACAUCAUGAUUUAUCAUAUAAAGAUAGCAUGUUUUUCCUCAUUCUUUUAUGUUUGUAUUCCUUAGCAUAUUACUAAGAACGACUUUUGCUCUCUUCAACAAUUUAACAGACUGAUAUCAUACUAAAAGUUAUUUUGGUAUCUACUCUUUUUUAAAAAGUUCUCCAGUUUUAUGUUGUUUAGUGAUUCAGGUAAUGUGAGCUCCGCCACAUUAUCUUCCAAAAACCUUGAAAUAAAACAUAAGGAUUGUGUCAAUUAAUCUUUCAUUUACUUUUCCAAAUGUGAACCCUAAUACUUUUUUCAAACCAAAGCUAUAACAUAGAUUGAUAUCAGUACUGUUUGUACUUGAUCUUAGUUGGGACAGAAAGCAAUAAAGAGGAAAAUAAAUAGGUUUGAACUGAAAAGACCCAUCAACAGUAUUAAAUUGGUACUGUGCUUAUAUUCUAAUAUGAUUAGAAAAGUUACAUUUUAUAAUGUCUUUUAUUGGUGAUGAUUUAACAUUGACUUUCAAAAUUAAAAGAUUUUAAGGGUAUAAUUUUGUACCUAUAGAUAUGUGUGUACAACUUACUACACCCACCACCAAAGUUCUUGUAGUUCCCUUCCCCUCAUAACCACCAGUUUUCUUAAAGUCUAAGAGACAAUUUGGAUAAUUUUAAAAUUGCCACUGGAACUUCAUAUUGAUGCAGUUUUACCACUCCUAGUGUACCAUCCAUACUCCCCUUCCCAACCUCCAUCCUUUUUCUUCCCAGAUCGGAUGAGAGAGGGGAAGGGAGAGACAACAUAGCACCAUUGUACCAUCUGUGAAGCAUCCUCUUCACAUGGCUUUUAUUUGGUGGCUAGGGGUGGAGGAAGGGGCUUGAACCUGUAUCCAUAUAUAUGGUGAACUGUACACUCUACCAGGUGAGCCAUCUGCUAGCUCCUUUUUUUUCUUUCUUAAUUUUUGCAGUUUUUUGCUCUAGUUAUUUAUAUUCCACAUAUGAAUGAAACCAUCUAAUAGUUGUCUUUUCACCUCUUUGUUUAUUUUACUUAACAUAAUCACCUCCAGUUCCAGGAUCAGAAAAGUUCUUAAAUAUGCCCUUUUUUGUAGACAGAAUUUACCCUUUCCUAACUGGGAAAUUCAGAAAUUCCAGAAAGAUGUUCCCCCCACCUAAAUUUUGUAUUAGUGAUUAACAAGAUCAUAAAAUAACAAGGGUUCCCAUCACCAGAGUGUUGUGUCCAUCCCCUCCAUUGGAAAUUCCCCUAUUCUUUACCCCUCUGGAAGUAUGUACAAAAGUUCUUUAUGGGGUACAGAAGGUGGAAGAUCUGGCUCUGUAGUUGCUUCUACACUGGACAUGGACAUUCACAGGUCGAUUCAUACCCCUAGCCUGUUUCAAGAAAGAUGGUUGCCUUGUGGUUAAUAAAGCUGUCCUCCCAUCUUAA